UCAAUCAGUCAAUCAUAUCGUUAUAACACGUGUUGUGUUUGAUAUCUAUUGAUCGGUAAAUCAAUUAUUUUUUUUGUGGUCACACUCUCCCGAAAACACCGACACCGACAACAACAACAAUGUGUUUACCAUUGAUUGAAUUGAAGCCACAAUUGUCGGCCAAAUUGUCGUCGAUUAUGUUGGGCUGUAUUGUCAACUCGGAUCAGUUACUGGUCAACCAUUUGACUAUCGGUGGCGACAAACUUAUCGGCGACAGUGGCGGCGGCGGUGAUGACCACCACGACAGCGACUAUUUCGAGAUGAGUUCGGCCAACGCUUUGUUUCAAAACUUUCGCCACAAACUGUUGAUCCAAAUGAAGACUUUUGUUCAACGAUUAUCGUCGUCGCCGUCGCCGCCGAUCGUUGAUGAAGACAAUGUGGACACCACCGCGGCUUCAAUGGCCAACAAUUCGGGAGUUGAGGCCGAAUCGGAUACCGCCGACGCCGCCGCUGGUGGCGAUGGUCAUCAUAGUAGCCGUAGUCAUGCCAAUGUUGAAUGGAUUGUCCAGCGAUACGAGUUGGCCAUCAAUUACUCGCAGAUUAAGGCCAUCUUCUAUACCGACGACAACAAUGAGUUGGUCAUCAAACUGCUAUAUCCGCCACUACUUUAUAACAUUAGUCUAGACGAUGACUACGACUAUGACUACCAUAACGACAAUCCUAAUGACGAUACCAAUAACGGCAAUCCUGAUGGCCAUAAAAAUAACGGCAAUCUUAAUGGCGAUAACAAUAACGAAGACGACACCGUUGUUGACGACGACGACACCGACAAAGAUAACUAUAACUUUGAUGGUGUCAUCGACUACGACAACGACCACCUUAUGAUGGACUUUGAGUCGGAACUAUUGCAAGAUAUUAUCGACUGCAAUGAUGAUGAUGAUGAUGGCCAUAACAUGAUGGCCACCGGCGGCAAUGAUGGUGACGACGAGGAUUUUGUUGGCUACCGAUUGCGGACAACAAAACUAUCAGAUUUUGACGAGAGAUUGUUCACAAAAGUUACCGCUAUUCGCUUGUCAUUGAAAACUAGAGAUCAAUUGCUAGAUAUUGUGUCAAAUAUCAAAGCGUUUGAUCCGUUAAUUUUGGUUCAACAGAAAUCGAUUGAUUUAGUGGACAACAAAUCAUCGGCGGCGGCGGUGACAGUGUGUCCAUCGUUACCAUUGUCUUCUUCAGCCACUGGAUUGCCGUUUGGUGUCAACUAUUCGCUACAGGCUUUGACUAAUCAUUCGUUUUAUUUUCAAGAUUGUCUUGAAUUCAAUGGUAAUUCAAUUCAUACAUAUCAACAGUUUGUCGAUUUAGUCCGUCAGUUGACCGAAAUCAAUGUUACGGCUGUCGAGUAUUCGUUGAAUGAGUUGCAGAAGAAAGUCGAAAACAAUUUACAUUUGAAUCCAAUGGAAGAUUUUGUCGAACAUUUUCAAUGGUUUAAUACGAAGAAGAAUACCGACAAAUGGUCGAAUCGAUCGGUAAUCUUAAUUCGCAGAUGUAUUCUGACGCCAACCAGACUACUAUUGUUGCCGGCUUUGCCACUACAAGAGAGUCGACUGUUGAGGACAUGUGAUCCGGAAUAUAUGGUCCGAAUUAUUAUUAAAGACGAAAAUCUUCAGUCGUUAGCAUUUACCGCAUGCAAGACAUCGCUGCCUGAGGCACAUCCGGUUAUUCAGCGGAUCAAUGCGUUUCUUCGGCAAGUUAUCACUGAACAGCUCAUCGACGGUAUCGAAAUUGCCGGUCGACGCUAUGAAGUAUUGGGAGCGUCGACCAGUCAGCUCCGGGAUAACGGACUUGUUUUGUACGCACGCGAUGGCCAACAACGAGACGCGUCGGCUAUUUGCCGAUCAAUUGGCGACAUUCAACAAUUGCGAAAUUCCGGUAAGUUUAUCGCCCGAAUCGGCCAAUCGAUGUCACAGUCGAUGGGAUUUCUGGCUGGUGUCGACUGUGUCGAAUUUAUCGACGAUAUUACCGGCGGUAUUCACGACCGUACUGGCGAUCCGUAUACGUUUUCUGACGGUGUUGGCCAGAUAUCACGUGAGAUGGCCGCAGAGAUUUGCAAGACAUUGAACAUUAGUCACGAAGUGUCCACAUUUCAGAUACGAUACGCCGGCUGUAAGGGUAUUGUUGUAGUCAAUCCCAAGCUCGCGGGCAAAAAGAUUUUGAUGCGUCCAUCGAUGCGAAAGUUUGAAUCCGAUUCCCAGGACUUGGAUCUACUAAAAUAUGGUGAACCGCGUGCUCUGUAUCUGAAUCGGCCGCUAAUAUCCAUACUCUAUCAUAUGGGUGUCACAACCGAUCGUUUUCUGAAACUACUGUUUCGACGUCAAAAACAAUUCGUCGACGCCUUUACCACCAAUCAGAAGGCACUCCAACUAAUCAAAGACUAUACCUUAUUGAAACUAGACUACAGUCAACUGUCCAAAUCGGGUAUCGACAUACUUAACGAACCAUUUUUUCUAUCCAUAAUCGAGUCUAUCAUCCGAAAAGUUAGUCUCGAUCUACGAAAUAAGGCCCGAAUAUUGGUACCGUACGACCAAGGUCGGGUUAUGUUUGGCGUAUUGGACGAAACUCAGACACUCGAAUACGGCCAAGUGUUUGUCCAGUAUAGCGACCAUCGGGUGUCGAGUGGUGGUGGUGGUUGUGGUGCGGGUACCGCUGGCCAGACAACUAUCACCAAACGUGUGUUGACCGGCGAAAUAUUGGUCACAAAAUAUCCGUGUAUGCAUCCGGGCGAUUGUCGCAAACUGAUUGCCGUCGACGUACCCGAACUUCAUCAUAUUGUCGAUUCGAUUGUAUUUCCGGCCCGAGGCGAACGGCCCCAUGCGGACGAAAUGGCCGGAAGCGAUUUGGAUGGCGACGAAUUCAGUGUUUGUUGGUUCCAGGAUAUGAUAUUCCCCCGGAAAAACUAUGCACCCAUGAGUUUUCCGUCCGGCCAGGCCGAAGAUCUUGGCCGACCGGUUACUACCCGGGAUAUACUGGGAUUUUACGAACGAUUCAUAUCCAACAAUCAAGUCGGACUCAUAGCCAGUUCACAUUUGGUUUGGGCCGAUCACUAUCAAUCGGGUAUAUUUUCCGACAUUUGUUUCAAUCUGGACUAUCGCUAUGCUGUGGCACUGGAUUACGCCAAAACUGGUAUCAAUGCACGGCUGAAGAAUACACAGAAACCCAAUAGAUAUCCGGAUUUUAUGCAAAAAUAUAACGAAAAACCAAGUUAUGAGUCGAAUAAAGCGUUGGGCAGACUAUACCAGAAAAACUGUUUCUUUCACGACAUUAUUAGCCGAUUUUCGCGCCAGAGUUACGAUAGUAAUAAUAAUAAUAAUAAUAAUAAUGUGGACAUAAAUCCGUUGUUAGUUCACGAAAAUGCCGACCAUUAUAUACCAGAAGCCCGACAUAUGUUUGACCAAUACGUGAAUACUGUCGACGAACUGAUGGACAGGUUUGGCAUUGAAAGCGAAGCGGCACUACUGUCGGCCACAUUCACAAAGACUGUCAAAUACUUGUCCACUCAGAAUGAUAGCAACGAUACACACGAUUUGGUGUCGAGUGUUAUCAAUAAAUUGUUUGCCGAUUUUCGCCGACAAUUCGAGUCGAUGACCACCGAUGAUGAUGAUGAGCACCGGUUGGCUAAAGCCAGUGCCUGGUAUCAGAUCAGCCAUCGACUGAAUAAUGAGUCCAAUGCUAGUAGUUGUUUGUCCCGCAAAUACUAUGGCUUUCCCUGGAUUUGUGACAAGUAUUUGGCAAAACUGAAGCAACGAAAUGAAAAAAAAUUACAAGAACUAAGUGAUAGUGAUAGUCAACCAUCAAUUGAUGGCGACAACGAUAAGUCGGUAGUGAUUACUAUUGAUAGGUUGAAAGUGAUGCCAAUUGUUCGUAUAGUUUUGAGCCAUCACUUGGAAAUAUCGCAACGAAUGUUGGCCACUAUCGCCGAUAAAGUGGACAAUGUUUUAGUAGAUAAUUAUGGAUCCGAACAACAACAGCCAGUGGUUCCGUUGGACGCAUUCAUCCGAGUGUUUGACAAACUAUCCGAUAUUGUCGACCAAAUGGACAGCGAUUGCGAUCUCCAGUUGUUUGAUAUAUCAAUGGUUGCAUUGAUGACCAAAUUUAAGAUCCAACGAAUCGGUUUCGCUAAUACACUCAAAGAGCUCAGUGGCCAACAAAUUGAUGUCAACAACGACACCAACAACAACAACAACGUGUUUGUAGCGGUUAUUCAGCAGUCGUUAGCCCAGACUAUCGAUGAAAAUGAACAACAAUUUAAAGAUUAUUGUUUAAGAAAGACUUGUGUUUCUCAAGUGGCCGUACACUAUGGCGGCACCCGUAGUAGUAGUCAGGACUCAGUUGUGUGCGCUUAUGGCACCCAAAUGGCUACCGAAAAGUUUCGUCAAUUGAUAGUUAAACCUAAUUUGAAAAACGAUAUCUUAGCUGAUCCAGAAAAUUGA